AUGCUCUGCUCUCUUUCCGGGGGAGUGCCGAACGAAGAUGGCGGCGACCGUGGUGCGGUGCUGUGGGGAACUUUUGCGUGGAUCGUGCGGGUUAACCGGGAAAAUCAUCCCCUCACCGGUGUAUCUUCGAGCAGGUUCCCUGUUGUCAGCUGCUGUAAGGCAUCAAAGUUCGCAGAAGUUUAAACCGAUUCCUGGGUAUGUCCCAGAAACCUCCUUAUCUAAACCACCUUGGCCUGAAGUGAAACUCCCAGACCCUUCUGAGGUGACAAAGCAGCAUGCAGAGGUUGUGCAGAAAGUGAACAGUCUUGUUGCAGCAGGGCAGUACGGUAGGCUGUUUGCGGUUGUGCACUUUGCUAGUCGUCAAUGGAAGGUAACAAACGAAGACUUGAUACUGAUAGAAAACCACAUAGAUGCUGAAUGCGGGGAGCGAAUCAGAAUGGAAAAGGUGUUACUGGUUGGUGGGGCUGACUUCACUUUAAUAGGAAAGCCACUUCUUGGGCGAGACUUGGUGCGAGUUGAGGCAACGGUCAUCGAGAAGACUGAAUCCUGGCCCAAAGUACACAUGCGCUUUUGGAAAAGACACAGAUACCAGAGGAAGAGAAUAAUUGUGCAGCCGCAGACAGUGCUGAGGAUCAAUAGCAUUGAAGUUGCCCCAAGCUUGUCCUGAUCCUCUGGUUCUGAAAGAAGAGAUAUUGCUGAUUUUGGAAGUUGGAUAACACCUUUGACCAGUUUGUUGUGACUAGCCAGUUUGAUCACCAUGUGAUCCAAUAGGGCCUGUUUGUAUUUGUACUGUGAACACAACUCCAUUAUGUAUGUACAAGCAGAAACCAAUCCCAUUAAAAAAAGUUUUACAAUGA